GCGGAAUAUUACACAAAAUGAAGAAAGCAGUGACUGGUGGCCAGAUUGCAGAUUGGUUCGCUAUCGGAACACAGUCUGCCAAAGAAAAUGCUGAAAGGGAAUUGAAGGAAUCCAACCCAGAAGCUAAUGCUAGCUCUGGUGACUCAGAAGAGAGGAAUUAUUCUGAACGCCAAAAUGGAGUGAGGAAAAUCAGAUUGGACAGUUCAUCUGAGCCCCCACCCUCCCUGACCAGCGUUGAAUAUCCUUCCCUACCGAUCACCAAGGACAGACAUGAGCUUGUGUCUCUAAUAGAGAACAACUCGGUGGUAAUCAUCCGCGGGGCCACAGGUAGUGGAAAGACCACCCAGGUGCCUCAGUUUGUACUGGACUACUAUAAUGAGAGGCAUGUGCCCUGCAACCUGGUGGUCACCCAGCCCCGCAAGAUCGGCGCGUCCAGCAUCGCACGCUGGGUUGCACGUCAGCGCAAGUGUGCUCUGGGUAGUUUGGUUGGCUAUCAGGUGGGCCUGGAGAAAAUGGCGUCAGAGCACACCAGGCUAAUUUAUAUGACCACUGGAGUCCUCCUGCAGAAACUAGUGGGGGCCAAGAGCCUGACUGAGUACUCCCACAUCUUCAUAGAUGAGGUUCAUGAACGAACAGAGGAACUGGACUUCUUGCUGUUAGUCAUUAGGAAAUUGUUGUUCUCCAAUUCUCGCCAUGUUCGGGUUGUCCUGAUGUCGGCCACCAUCAACUGUAAGGAGUUUGCAGAGUACUUUGGCACACCGCUGCGUACUCAGCUGAACCCUGCAUAUGUGUUUGAGGUGGAGGGAACACCUUAUGCAAUUGAUCAGUUCUAUCUGGACGACAUCCGCGGGCUUAUUCCCUUCUCGGCGGUGCCCAUGUACAUGGAUGAGCCUGGCAUUAGUGUGCAGAUGUACAAUGUAGCCAUCAGCCUGAUUGAGAGCUUUGACACCAUGGAGGACAAAGAUCAAAGUCAUGAAGGGGAUGAGAGGGAGAGGAAGGGGCUUGUGAAGCUUCCAGUGAGGGGCAGUGUUCUGGUUUUCCUGCCUGGCCUUGCUGAGAUCCAGUACAUGCAGGAUGCGCUAUCCAAACUUGGGCGCAAGAGGUUGCAGGUCUACCCACUCCAUUCCACAGUGACGCUGGAAGAGCAGAAUGAGGUUUUCUUGGUUCCUGUGGCUGGAUACAGGAAGAUCAUCCUCUCCACUAACAUAGCUGAAAGCUCAGUCACAGUACCAGAUGUGAAAUAUGUAAUUGACUUCUGUCUGGCACGGCACCUGGUGUGUGACAAAGACACAAACUUCCGCUCACUCCGCCUCACGUGGUCCUCCAAGACAAACUGCAACCAACGCAAAGGUCGAGCAGGGCGGGUCUCCAAGGGUUACUGUUACCGCCUGGUCACCAAGGACUUCUGGGAAAGAGAGAUCCCAGAUUUUGUGAUUCCCGAGAUGCUGCGUUCUCCUCUGGACUCCAUCUUACUGAAGGUGAAGCUGCUGGACAUGGGUGACCCCCGGACACUCCUUGCCACGGCUCUCUCCCCACCCAACCUCAACGAUAUCGAGAGGACUGUGCUGAAGCUCAAAGCGAUGGGAGCACUGUCUGUAAACAGCCCCAGUCAGAAGCGCUAUGAUGGGGAGAUGACCUUUCUAGGCCGUGUGCUUGCACACUUACCUGUGGGUUUGCACCUCGGGAAGAUGAUCGUUCUUGGGCACGUGUUUGGUGUUCUGGACGACUGCCUAAUCAUCGCUGCUUGUCUGUCACUGAAGAGCUUCUUUAACGCACCUCAUCUGCAGCCUCUGGCAGGGUUCCGGAGCAAGUUAACAUUUGCAAAUGGCGUUCCCAGUGACUACAUUGCUUGCCUCAAUGCCUUUAAGGCAUGGCACUCUCUGAAAUCAAAGGGCGAGUUCCGACAUACCAAGGAUGAACUGGAUUGGGGGAAAGAGAAUUGCAUUUCUAUCAAAAGAGUCAGAGAGGUAGCAGAGCUGUAUGAGGACUUGAAGAGGCGUGUUGCCCAGUUUAACAUGCACUCCGGCUCCAGUCACUCCUCCCUGGACUACACCAACUUGCACAUCCAGAAGUUCAUCUUACAGGUGGUGAUUGCUGGAGCCUUCUACCCAGACUACUACCAGCAGGGCGAGAUUGAUGAUGAGCUAGCUGCUAAGGAGCUGUCUGGCUACGAUCCCACAACCACUGUGGUGAUUCGUAACAUGCCACCGUUUGCCUUCUUGUACUACAAACAAGUCCAGUCCCUGUUCCGCCAAUGUGGCCAGGUCAAGACCAUCGCCUUUGACAGCACCAGAGCGUAUGUGGAGUUCUGCCGGUCGGCCACACAGGGGGCCAGCGUUCUCCAGGAGGUCUCUGGCGCUGUGUCUCUGGCGCUGCUACUGGCCCAGAAGAAGCAGGACCUGAGGCUGGCCGUCUACUCCAACGAGGAGGUGGAGACCUACGCUGGGGAGAAAGCCCUGAUCACACACCUGCGCAACGCACGGGUCAAUGUGGACUUCCUGAACCACACUGUGUCUCCUGUGGAUUUCUUGAGCCUCAUUGAUCCAGAGAGGCUUCCCUCCAAUCGGGUCUUCAUCGUCAACAUAACUAAGGUGAUGGAGGUGGGUCACUUCUGGGGCUUCCAGGCGGGCGAGGCGAGCGUUACCAAGCAGCGGCAGCUGACGGCGGCCAUCAACACGUGCGAGCUCCAGCCUCUGGCCUCCUCACUGUACCCCAACCUGCUGUGCCUGGCCCCCUUCAGUGAGGACGAGGAGCCGGAUACCCCAUCCCGCUACUACAGAGCCAAGAUACUGCACGUGCCCAGCAGCUCUGUGGAAGUGGAGGUUUUCUUCUUGGACUUUGGAAACACUGCUAGAGUGCCAAGCAACAGUUUGAGGGAGUUGCCACCAGAGCUUCAAACGCUGCCCUUCCAGGCGCUGGAGUUUCGUCUGGCCUUCCUUGCCCCAUCGGCUCAGUCGAUGAUCUGUGGUGAGCAGUGGAGCCGACGCGCCCGCAACCGCUUUGCCACGCUGGUGCACGGCCGCGCGCUGGCCGCCUCGCUCUACUCCAUGCUGCAUGGUGUGGUGCGUGUGGACCUGCUGGUGCCCACCGAGAUCGCCGACAGCGUCAGCGUCACCGACAUCCUGGUGAAAGAGGGACAUGCCCGACGGACCCCUGAGAGCUUUGAGUCGAAACAAAGUCACGAGGCAUUGAUGUCUAUGUACGAGGACCUGGCCACCGGGACCUAUCUGCCGAGCUGUGCCAGCCGCUCCUGGACUGAACAGAAGCAAAAGGACAAGCUGCUCAUCAACAAGCUACUCGACCCCAAAACGGGCCUAGGCAACCCCAAGGGCAAGUGCCUGGUGCAUGGCCCUUACACCCCUAAUAAAGUCAAGUUCUACAGCAUGAGCAAUACUUCACACUACAGGUCUGUUGUCCUGGAAAAGGACAGCAUUAACCAGGUGUCCAUCAAUGAGAAUCCCCAGUACACUCACUCCAGAAUGCUGGUGGCAGGAUCGGUGUCUGUCAGUGGCUCAGGCUCCAGCAUCCUCCUGAGGGAGACCACUCUGAUGCCUCACAUUCCUGGCCUGCCUGCUCUCAUCACAAUGAUCUUCUGCCCUGUCAUGGAGCUACGCACUGAUGAAGAGCGCACACACUUCACUGGGGCUCUCUGUGGGCUCGGCCCCAGUUUACAGUCUGCGGAGGGUCUGCUGCCAGACAACGACAUUGAGCUUGCCUUCGAUGUCAAGAUGGACACAGACGACAUCUCUGAGAUAAAUAACUUGCGUGCAGCAAUUAACAGGUUGGUUUGUGAGGGACCUCACGGGGUUCUGCAUUUGACACCAGAGAAGAUCAGCGGAUUUCAACAGGAUGCUAGAGAUCGCCUCAUAAGACUCUUUACCAGGUCACCUCCCAGAGAGGAGAAGGUGUCGGUUUACCACCAGAAACCCAAGAAAUGGAAUCAGGUGGAGACUUCGAACCUUAUGGAUAUCUCAAAUGAAGAUGAAAAGAAAAGCAAAGGCCACCUGUUUCAAAUGCACUCCAUCACCAUUCUCAGCAUGUGAGAGUGGUAAAUUCUCCUGUUUCCUGCUUCUAUCAGAGAGCUUUGGCACACCACAGUGUGUGGGGGUGUGUAUGUGUGAAUGUGUUCGAGUUCAUGCGUUUCUAGUGUUAUGUUUGAGACCAUGUUUUCAGAUUUGAAAAAAUAAUGUCCUACAUAGGGAUUUAGGACACAAGACAUUGCUUAUUUAUGCAUGUAGGCAUUAAACACAACCAUAGUUCGUCUGUGUUACUUUGAGUUUAAAGAGUUGAGGUCAGAACUGCACAUGUUUUGUAUUUGCACUUUUCAUUCUUCAUGAUGGUUCUUUUUUCAGCUUCUGAACAUAAACAAUCAUGUGUUUUUCCUGACA